AUGUGGAUCAUCGUACUAUUGACCGUUACCAUUUCCGCAAUGACUCUGGCAGAGCAUUGGAGGUCACCGAAUCUGAAAUCGAUUACUAGCGCUCGGCAGGAAUGUGCCUCGUACCUACGAAUACCGGAUGACGCCAUUGAGCAAAUCGCACGCGGCGGUUACCCUCCGGAAGCGAGUGUUCCGAAGCUGGUUCAUUGCAUGCUGAUCAAUUUGAACGCCUGGGAGGACGAAACCGGUAUCAAGGAUGAGGUGAUGAGGAAUUUCUUUCGACCGGCCGAAUCGGACUGUUGCUUCGAGAACCGUACCCAGCUUUGCUUACAGAAAACGGUGUCCGUUUUGACAAAGUGCGAUAACCUGAACCGGGCGUACAACUCCUUUCAUUGCUACUAUCGACACUUCGGAAACAUAUUCCACGAGGGACAGUUCAUCCCACUUCGGGAGAACUCGGUACAUCAAAUCGUCGACGAAGCCCUAGCUAUUGAAAACAUACCUCGAGCGUCGUUGGAAGAGCUCUGUAAUGACAAUGCUCUAAAUGUGCCGGAAUUUCCCGAUAUCCUGUACACCAUUUUUGUUCGUGCCGGAGUCUACAGUCCCGAACACGGCGUUAGACUGGGCCGCUUGUAUACCCAGUUCGGAAAGCGAGAAUUUUUGAGCCUGGAAACCCGACAAUGCGUGGAUACCGUUUGGAGACAGCACUGCAGUGAACCGAACCGCCUCUACCAAACAUUCAAACAGUGCCUCACGCAUCUGGUUCCAACGAUUAGUUUGGUUGGAGAAUCUGCCCGGAAACUGUUGAAAACCCCAAUCUGUGCUUCCCGUGGACUUCCAACUACCUGCCGACAUUCUCCGGCACCGAUAGACUCGUGCACCAGCUGCGGUGUACCAGGCGUUUCUUGUAACGGAGCGACACGAAUACUGACAUUUUUCGAAGGCCCGUUCGAUCAAAUUGCUUUGAGCCCGACGGCUGUGACAGCGAAUAAAAACACACUUCGUUAUUUAUUGUUAAAUCCAAAGAGUUUCUGA